AUGUCGAGUGAUGAUAAGAACAAGUCCAGUGACCCCAAGAAUGAGCCCAAGUACUGUGACCCCAGAUGUGAACAAAAGUGUGAGGCCAAAUGCCAGCCCAGUUGUCUAAGGAAGCUGCUGCAGCGCUACUCUGACAAGUGUUCACUGAAGUGUCCACCACCACCGAAGUGCCCCCCCUGUCCCCCGUGUCCGCCAUGCCCCCUGCAAUGUCCACCACAAUGCCCCACCAUGCUGUUCAGUUUCCCGGAGCUUAUCCAAAAAUCACAGAAAUGCAUGGAGCAUGAACUAGGUCAUCUCAUGCAUCACGUUUUAGGAAACUUCUGGAAAUCUCCAGCAGAUCCUCUCCCCUCAUCUCUCAUCUAUGCCUAA